CAUGUUCGUGUUGUCCGUAGAGUCCUGGCAGAGCAAGGAGCGUCCUGUGAGGACACGACGCAAGGUUAUGACGUAAGCGUCGGCGUUGGACAGGAUUGGACGACUUGUUUCCGAGCUCUGUGGGCUGGACGGUGUCUCCCUAGGCGAUAGAGAAGUCCAGAUCAGGACCCCAGGUGGACUCAUGAAAAAGCCACCACUUGAUAAGUGUAUUCCAUGUCUUGUCUGGACUGUUCCUGUCUGAGACGGACACCUGUGAAAUCAAUAAGCCAAAGUAAAGAAUCGACCACAAGUAUCUAUCCACACUGGGCAGGUGAGCUGCCUCAGUGCUGGAUUCCUCCUGUGCUGGGAGGACAUGAGAUGCCAGUACGAUACAAUGAAGCCAACAACUAUGAACUUAAACAGGAACUUGGGAAAAGAUUCAAUAACUUAACUACAAUCUACCUCGCUCGACACACUCCUACUGGAACUCUGGUUACGGUACAGCUCACUGAUCUGGAUGACUGUUCGGAUGAACACCUUAAAUUCUUACAGAAUGAAGCUGCCAUGUCAUCAUUUUUUCGGCAUCAUAACAUUAUGGUUUCUUGGAAGAUGUUUACUGUUGGAACAUGGCUUUGGGUUAUUAACCCUUUCAUGGCAUGUGGUUCUGCCAGCAAUCUCAUGAAGACCUAUUAUCCUGAUGGCAUGAAUGAACUUUUAAUAGCAAACAUUUUGUAUGGAACAUUAAAAGGGUUAAAUUAUUUACACCAGAAUGGAUAUAUCCACAGGAGUGUAAAGGGGAGUCACAUCCUUAUUUCAGAAGACGGUCUUGUAUCUCUGUCAGGACUUGGUCACCUCUAUAGUAUGGUUAAAAGAGGUGAAAAAGCCAAGGUGGCAUAUCAUUUUCCUAAUUUUAGCACUACAAUGCUUCCAUGGUUGAGUCCUGAGCUACUAAGACAGGACCUCCAUGGAUACAAUGUGAAGUCAGACAUCUACAGUCUUGGGAUCACUGCCUGUGAAUUAGCUACUGGGCGUGUACCGUUCAUGGACAUGCACCGCACUCAGAUGCUGCUACAAAAAUUGAAAGGUCCACCACAAAAUCCUCUGUUUGGUAACCCUUUUCCCUGUGAAGAAUCCCCUAUGAAGAUCUCCCGCUCAGGUGUGGAUUCAGGUAUUGGAGAGAGUGUUGUUGCUGCAAGUAUGACUCAGACCAUGACCAGUGACAGGCUGAGAACCCCCUCUCCAAGGACAUUCUCAUCGGCUUUACAAAACCUGGUGGAAAUUUGCUUACAGCAAGAUCCUGAGAAAAGACCAUCAGCUGGAGUGUUGCUGUCCCAUCCAUUCUUCAAGCAGGUAAGGGAGCAGACCCAAGACUCCAAACCCUCACUGCUGCCUUCUCUGGCACUGCACAGGAAGCACAGUUCUGUUGGCUCAUUUCCAUUGAUUAUGAAGAAAUACUCCUACAAAUCUACAGAUGAAGCUAAAGAAUGGACAUUUCAUUAAUACCAUUUACUGAAGGAAACGAAUAUCCUUGUUUGCCUUACGUAUCAGUGUAAAGGCUUCUGUUUAAUGACCGUUUUUUUUUGUAUAAAAAAAAAUAUAUAUAUAUAUAUAUAUAUACACACACACGUGAAAGAAGAACCUCAUCAGUGCAGCACUCCCAUAAGUCCAAAAGAAAGGAGGUUUAUUCAGCUCAUAUCAAAGCAAUAUUUAAUUUCCAAACCGGAACCAUUUUCAAGCUCAGUGAUACACAUUCUUAAGGGGGUGUUUUAUGUCUUGUGAGAGAUUAGCAAAAGUGCUAAAGCAUUUCAAUAAAUCAGAUAAAUCAUAAUGAAAGUCACAUCAGUGACAAACCUAAUACAUCCUUACAGUAAUACCUUACAGUAAAUACAUUAUAUACAUUGUGCGUGUCAUUUUCAGAAAAAAAAUUUGUUGUAAAAACUUGAAAAGUGACUUAAUAACCCACUUGGCAGUGCUGUGAAGAUACAGGUGUAAACAGUUCCCAGUUAGCAUGGAUGCAUGUAGGGGAGGAAAGAACCACUCACCAUGUUCCUGCAGUAUUCUGUGGCGCUGUUAGCGUGGUGAAAAUGUAAUUGCACGUGCAGGCUAUGCAAAGAUUAGUCCAAUGUGUCACAUGAUCAGUUGCGUACAAAGCUGGAUGCCUGCUCCCGGAUCUGUAGAACCUAGCAGAACACUAAGAUAGUAGAAUCUGCUCUGCAUCUCACUGGAGCUAGCACACAGUUAAGUAGAAAGAAAACAUAUAAACCUAUAGUAUGGCAUGCAAUGCCCUCUAAGACAUGCACAGCAAAUAGAGGUAAUUGUCAUUCAUACAAACUAGUGGGAAUAAGACAUAACAUAUGCUCUGCCAUAUAGUGUCCUACAGCGAGUCAUUAGUCAUUCAUUAGAUGGCAUAUUAAAAGAAGGCACUAUAUGUGCCUAAGAUCAUAUAAUCAGACCAUUAUUGUGUGCCCAGACAUACAACCACAGUGGUGCAGGGGUGAUUAACUCCUUACCUUCUGGAGGGCCUGAAUACCCAACCAACUCGCAGAAUGGGAGCUCUAAUGGGAUGCCUGGAUACAUCAGGUCACAUUCACUGUGUCCAAAUGCAUUAUGGUAACCUCUUUGUCACCAUUGGGAUGCACCAGCUCUCAAGCAGCACCAACCCCUCUGUCACUCCUAAAGUACCCUCUUGUCUCAAUAAACGGGACUAAUGUUACUGUAAAAUGUUUUAUUAAUGGUCUACAAUAUUACUACAAAUCACAUGGCUCACAGUACAUCCCCUACCCUGACCCCUGAACACAGAAUCAAGAUGAACAUCCAAAAAAUUCUUUUCAUUAUACGUAGAUUUGUGGUAAAUAAUAAUAAAUGAGAAUCCAUGGUAUGCUGAUACUUUCUCUCCUCCAGUCCAUCAAAAAAACCAAAUACAUGUAGAGAAAUUCAAAUAAUAAUAAUCUUUCAGAUUAAUUAUCUAAUAGUCCAUUAGAUACUUCUUCAUCUGAAAAAAAAAUAUAUAUAGACGUGUGUAUUUUAUUUUUUGGGUUAUGCUCAGAGCAUAAUGUGAAUAUGCAUAUAUUGCACUUACAAACUGCAGAGAAUCAGUAAGUCGCGCACAGAGUUGACACUAAUUGCCACUUAUGGUCUUUCUGCCAUAGAUAUAAGAUUUUGAUUGUUUAGUGGGCAUUGUGUUGCUGACCAUUGCUGCACCAUUGAGUUUAUCACUCAAUAAGUAUUAUUUUUAUCUCUAUGAUUCUUAAGCUAUUUUUGUAUUGCUAAGAUUGAUUGAUUUUUUUUUUUAAAUAAAUUUUAGCGCUUUAUAUUGCGGUUUUGUAUGAAAAGCCGAACAUAAAUUGUCAGGUAUUUUAAUGUUACAUUGAAGCCUAUAUUUAUACAUUGAUAAAGUGAAGCACUGGUCAGUCCAUACUUGCAUUGCAUGUUUAUCCUAUUUCUAUUCCUAUAUUUUGCAGGCAUAAGGAUACCUGAUUUGUAAGUUUCAUUGUGGAGUACUUAAAACCUUGUUUGUCACACCCAUUAUGUAAAUACAUUAUAUUGAAGAAACUGUCAAGAAUUUACAUUUUUUAAUUUAUGUCAUUGCCCCACAGGGCACAGUCCAUGUAUGAAUAAUCACAUGUAAAGGUCCCAGACUAGGUUCCUACUAAGGGUUAAGUGGAGUAACAAGCCCAGUAGGUGCCACAGAAUGCCACCUUAGGAGACCCUCAUUGGUGCAGGAAGUGCAAUAUUAAAGAGCAACUUCUUGGAUGAAUACUUAAUUAGGUUAAUAUGGCAAGGUUUUUCACAAUUUUUGCAUUUAGUGAUCUAUUUUAUGCAUUUAUUGAUUCCUUGUUCAGCAUAAGGCUAGGGCUCCACAACUAAAGGGGUAUUUUUGAGAAAAUUGCUUUCAAGUAAAAGGGGUUGUACAGCAAAAGAAACAACGUGUCGUGAAACAAAGUGUCAAAAUGUAUAAUAAAGCAACGUUACGUCACACUCCCUGGGAGUUGAGCUCCCACCCCUGCUCUCCAUUUCUGCUCAGAGAGUGUGAUGUGAUGUCACAGCUACAAGGGUGAGAGCAUGUCCAAAGGAUAGGGGAUAAGAUGCCUGAUCGCGGGAGUCCUGCCGCUGGGGACCCCCAGGAUCUUGCACGCGGCACCCCGUCUGUAAUCAGUCCCUGGAGCGUGUUCGCUCCGGGUCUGAUUACCGGCGACCACACGGCCGGCGGCGUGUGACGUCACACCCCCGCGUGAUGUCACGCUCCGCCCCUCAAUGCAAGCCUAUGGGAGGGGGACUGAUUCGGGGACUGAUUACAAACGGGGUGCCGCGUGCAAGAUCCCGGGCAUCUUAUCACCUAUACUUUGGAUAGGGGAUAAGAUGUCUAAGCACCGGAGAACCCCUUUAAGCUGAUACAGUGCUCUCUGCUGCCUUCUCUGUCUCUGUCAGAGAAAGAGAGCUUCAGCUCUUGACAGUUCCUCAAACAGACAGAGGUGGCAGCAGAGAGCACUGUAUCAGACCGACAAGAACUGCAAGGCUUUUUCCAUGACAUGCGGCAGCUGAUAAGUACUGGAAGGCUUAAUUCUUUAUGUAAAUGUAACUUACAAAUCUGUAUCACAUUCUGGUACCAGUUGAUUUAAGGACAUGUUUUUCUUUUCUCUGAAAAACCCCUUCCAGAGUAAAAAGUUGCAAUUCACUAUAGGUGCCUUUUACACACUGUGAUGGUUGCUUCCAAUCAUCUAAAUGUGUAAAUACAUGCCUCAUGCAGUUUAACCACCCAUGUAGACUUAGGUGCCUCUACUUGUGACCAUGAAUACUAUUUUAUUGCAGUAAAGUGACAAAUUUUCCAAAUUAUUAAUAUUUACAAGUAGGCACGUUAUGUUGGAAUUCUUUUGCAUGAGGUUGUAAUGUAAUGGUGACCGAAAAAUCACCAUGACUAUAUGUACAUGUUGCCAUACCAAUGUCAACUGCAUAGAUAACUUUGAAAUAUUUAGGCACAUGUGGACUGUGGAGGUUUUUACUGCUGGGAAGAUACAUGGGGAGACUUUUUAACCAGUGGGUUUGCCUAAAGCAUACAAUCAGAUAACAUAUAUGACAUGUAUAAAGCAGUUUGGAGAGCGAAGGGUGUGUUGAAUCCUUAAUGAGCCUUAUGUCAGUAUGCUACCCAACAAGAAGGUAUGAGACAGAAACCAUAUAGGGCCAGAUUUAUCAAUGUGUCUGAAAUUAUUUUUGUCUGGUUUUGCCCUUAGCGACCAAUCACAGCUCAUCUUUCAUUUUACAAGAGCUUUUUAGUAUAUAAAAGCUGUGCUUUUAUAUCCUAACAUAAUUUCAUGCAGAUGUACAAUUCCAGGCCUAUAUGGAAGCUAAUUCAGAAUCCUAAACAAUCCAGAGGCUUUCCAUGUAACACUCCUGUCAUGAAAUGGGAAAAGUACAUUUUCACAUGUACCAAAGACAUUGGAAACAAAAACUGGAGGGAUUUGCCCAUAACAACCAGGAUUUCAUUUUACCAGAGCUUGUUAAGUUAUAAAAGCUGAACUGUGAUUGGUUGUAAUGGGCGAAUCCAGUUUUGUCUCAGACUUAAAGGGGUACUCCGGUGGAAAACGUUUUUUUUUUUUUUUUUUUUUUUUUUUUUUAAUCAACUGGUGCCAGAAAGUUAAACAGAUUUGUAAAUUGAAAAAAAAAAUAGGGUAUGUGCAGCUCACAGUAUAAAUUAAUCGAGGCUAAAUGGAAAGUAUUUACACCAAAUAAAAUACUAGUACAAAAUAAUAUAUAAGGGAAAAAAAGGG